UACUUUGCUCGUGCUCCUGUGUUUGCACUCCAGUUUGCAAAAGUGGGGGGAGGGGCCGCGUAUCAUAUGUUCGUGUUGGAGUCCUUUUAAUGUAUGUUUACGUUCUGAAAUCGCGCAGUUUGGACUGAAAAUUCGCCUUUGAUACGUAUGCACACUAUUACGCAAAGGCCGAUACGCGAUGUCACAUGUGGCCAGCUGCAAAUGCUUGCGUCUUUUCAGCAGACUCACGGUGACAUUGUCUCCCCUCGUGCGCAGAUCAAGUCCCUACCCAUUGUCAGGUCGAUCGACCCGAAUUGUGCCAGCGAAGGUUUUCUCAACGAUGGAUUUCAAGUAUCCUGUUCCCAGAAGGGAUGGAACUGUAAUUGAUGAAUACCACGGAAAUAAGAUCGCUGAUCCUUAUCGCUGGUUGGAGGACCCCGAUGCCGAGGAAACUAAAAAAUUUGUAGAUGAGCAGAAUGCGGUGACACAGCCUUAUCUGCACUCAUUUGCUGCCAGGGAAGAUAUCAAAAGUAGACUCACACAGUUGUGGAACUACCCUAAGUAUUCUUGUCCUACUCGGCACGGCGACAACUACUUCUUCUUCAAAAACACUGGACUCCAAAAUCAAAGCGUCUUGUACAUCCAAGACUCUCUGGAUGGUGACCCGAGAGUCUUCCUGGACCCAAAUGAGCUAUCCGAGGACGGAACUGUAGCUUUGUCUAGGACACGAUUUUCUGAAGAUGGAAAAACCAUGUGCUACGGCAUCAGCAAAAGUGGUUCAGAUUGGAUCACAAUUCACUUCAGAGAUGUUGCCACAGGCCGUGAUUACCCUGAGGUUCUUGAGAAGGUCAAGUUUUCCCCCAUGACCUGGACACACGACAACAAAGGAGUGUUUUACGCUAGAUAUCCAGAGCAACAAGGAAAAACCGACGGCUCAGAGACUGUGAGCAACGAGUACCAGAAACUGUAUUACCAUAGAAUCAACACUCCGCAGUCAGAAGAUGUUUUGGUUGUGGAAUUCCCGAACGAGCCAAAGUGGAGAAUAGGUGCUGAGGUGAGCGACUGUGGGAAUUACCUGCUCAUUACUCCACAGAAAGACUGCAGGGACAAUUUGCUGUACUUUACCGACAUUGGCUCUUUGGAAGAUGGUCCAAGGGGGCCUCUUACCCUCCACCAAAUAGUGGAAAAAUUUGAAGCCGACUAUGAGUAUGUCACAAAUGUGGGACCCGAAUGCAUCUUCAGGACAAACAAGGAUGCACCAAACUACCGACUUGUCAGUAUCAAUGUUGAAAACCCAACCAUGGACCAGUGGCGCACUCUGGUCGAGGAAGACUCUAAGGAUGUUUUGGACUGGGCUACAAAUGUCCAUGGAGACAAACUGGUUGUCUGUUACAUUCAUGAUGUGAAGAGCGUUUUGCAACUGAGAGAUCUCUCAAACGGCAAACUUAUUAUUCAACUACCUCUGGACGUAGGCACAGUGACUGGUUUCUCGGGAAAGAAAAAAUAUUCAGAAAUGUUCUACCAGUUUGCCUCCUUCCUCACACCUGGGGUUAUCUUCAGAUGUGAUUUGACCAAGCCAACAAUUCAGCCAGAGGUUUACCGUGAAAUCGAAGUCAAGAAUUUUGACGCUUCGCUCUAUGAGACGGAGCAGGUGUUCUACGCCAGCAAGGAUGGAACCAAAAUCCCAAUGUUCAUUGUGCACAAGAAGGGUCUCAAGAAGGACGGCACCAAUCCGUGCCUUUUGUAUGGUUACGGCGGAUUCAAUGUAAGCUUGCAACCCACCUUCAGUGCCACCAGACUUGUGUUUAUCCAACACUUUGGCGGUGUUUUUGCCAUUCCAAAUAUCAGAGGAGGAGGAGAAUAUGGUGAAUCGUGGCACAACUCUGGCCGCCUCUUCAACAAGCAAAAUGGCUUUGAUGACUUCCAAGCCGCUGCCGAAUUCCUCAUCCAGAAUGGCUACACGUCAAGUGAAAAACUGGCAAUCCAGGGUGGUUCAAACGGUGGACUUCUGGUGGCCGCCUGCAUCAACCAGCGGCCUCAGCUUUUCGGAGCGGCCAUUGCUCAAGUGGGGGUGCUCGACAUGCUCCGCUUUCACAAAUUUACCAUUGGUUAUGCCUGGGUGUCCGACUACGGCAGCUCAGAUGACCCGGAGCACUUCAAGAACCUCCUGCGCAUUUCCCCCUUGCACAACAUAAAAAUUCCAGACGGCGAUUCUGCAUGCCAUCCCUUGGAGAGGAAGGGUUCUAAACAGUAUCCAGCCACCCUUCUCUUAACCGCAGACCAUGAUGACCGAGUCGUUCCACUGCACUCGCUCAAGUUCAUUGCUGAACUUCACCACACUGUGGGAAAUCACCCUGCUCAAACCAAUCCGCUUCUCAUCAGAGUGGAAACUAAAGCUGGCCAUGGAGGAGGAAAGCCAACAGCUAAACAGAUUGAGGAGAGCACUGACAUUCUCUCGUUCAUCGGUCACUCUCUAAAUAUUCAAUGCAUUUUUUAAAUGUCACUCAUCCUGCUGGGAUAUGUGAAUACUAACGUCUUUUUAACAACGGCUGGUACAUAAGAAGAAGUCUCUCGUUUCGUGUAAACAUGUGCAAUUAAAACGAAGCAUUAAUUAUUAUAUGCGCGUGCUA